AUGGAUAAACGCAAUGAGCCGAGUCAUGCUCCUCCCGGCGGCCUACAUAACCCUGACACAGGUGACCGAUCACCAGACCGAGACGAUGAAAGCAGGGGAGCCGGGUCGUCGAAGAAGUAUCGACGAAUCGACCGGGAGGGGGGCAGAGCCUCGACGGGUUCCGAGCAGAGCAGCCGUUUUCUGUUCGUCGACUCGUCUUCCAGUGGGCAAAGACCGCGUUCUGACCAGCGAGCAAUCAAUGCACACAUCCAGCAGACGGCGCACCGCAAUCGAAAGCAAGCCGCACAAAAGCAGAAAACCGCCGGAGCUGCGAACAUAGGGCGAUUCCGACGGGAGCCACAGCUGCAACCCCGUCCGACUGAGCCUCGAUCAAUUGUUCCUGUCCCCUUGGAGCGACGAAGUUCCUCUCAAACACCGCGAUCUCCCAGUGCUGAAAGUUCGCCUGCGCCACGGUCAUCACUCAGCCCGCCAGGGGAGAAUGUUCUUCACGAAUCACCAGCCCCCGGACGAUCAGAAUCCCUUCCAGCCCUUGCUCGUGAGCAAGUGGACCGAUUGCGACACUACAGCAGUGUUCGUGGAGCCGAAGUUCGUGAGGCCGUCAAUGCUCAGCGACAUGAACAAAAUGCGUCCACAGAAAUCGCCCGUCGAGAGCCUCCUCAAGAUGAGACCGCCUCGGUGAGGUCCAUGCUCACACAAAUCCUGCAACGCCUGGAUGCGGGCCACACGGGCCGCUUGAUCCAGUCUCCCAGCUCAUCACUGAACAACACUCUUCUGGACCCUUUCAAUAUCAGUUCUGUACAUAUUACCCCUAGCAUGAAUGCUGUUUUACGCCAUUUUUCCGAUGUUAUGGUCCCCACCAUAUUUCCAACCCGACACCAAGCCGAGAUCCAGACUCGAUGGGCCUUUCAAAAUGCCGCACAAGACCCGCUGGUCUUGUAUUCACUCCUGGCAGUUGCGUCGGCCGAGAGAAGUUCGCGGUUGGGAGAAUUGCGCAGCGGUUCGAUCGAGACGACGUUCACUGAGGCAGAUCUUGAAAACCGCGCGGUCCCGGAUUUCGUGUCAUACAAAGUGAACGCCGUGCGACUGGCAAACGAGACGAUGAAAUCCAUGGAGCAUGCGACCCAGGCGUCGACGAUUUUUGCGAUGAUGUGUUUGCUUUCUAUUGAGGUUAUCACGGGAAAUCAAAAGGAAAUAUUUGCGCAUGUUUCUGGAUUGCAAAAGCUGAUCGCCUGGCGGGGCGGGUAUCAUGGAAUCCCUCCUCAUGCCACAGAGCUCAUUCUCUCAACGUCAUACAUGUGUGCAGCGCUGACACGAUCGUUACCUGCGGCUCCUCCCACGUCAGCAUUGCCUUCCCUCCCUGCGAGCUUGGUCGAAGAAAUCCGGCAAAACGUGAGCAAGGACAUCCAAAAAAUGGGGACGGGCAUAUUGACCGCAGACGUGGACACGGUCAUGGACUGGCGAAUAUCACAAGCGUUCCGGGAUAUGAAGGACGUGGUCCAGUACCGCGAGUACUACCACGAGAAGCAGCUGCUCCCGGCGCCGGACGAGAACGAGUACAUCAACGCCAAAAGCUACCAUUUCCGGUACGCGGCCCUGUCGGCGCCGUUCGAGCCGCGGGAACCCGCCAGCGACAAGGAGGAGGCGUGUCGCUUGGCCAUGCUCAUUUUCUGGUUCAGCAACUUCCAGAUCUCGCGACCGGACUACGCCCUGAACCGGACGUUGACCGCACAGCUGAAGACGGCCCUGCAGGCGUCGGACCUGAAGGGUCUCUGGGGCCCACACUACGAGCUCCUGGUGUGGGUUCUGCUGAUGGGGGCGUACAUAUCGGCCGGCCAGCGAGAGCGGCCGUGGUUCGUGCUGAACCUCGCGAGGGUAUCCAGGGUGCUCAACCUGCGGAGCUGGGACGACGUCCGCCAGGUACUGUUGAAAUUCUUCUAUCUCGACCGCAUCUACGCGGAGGGCAUGCGUCAGAGCUGGGAGGAGGCGGCGCUGCUGGCCGAGACGAUGGAGGCCGGGCUGUCAUGA